AUGGCGCACCAGACCGGGAUUAACGGAAUGUUCUUCAAGGCGCGGAACGGGUCAGUGCGGCUCAUCAAGGUGCUCAUCGAGGAUGAGCAGCUGGUGCUUGGCGCGUACAAAGAGCCGUCACAGAGCUGGGACCAGGACUACGACCGCUUCCUGCUUCCCCUCCUCGAGGAAGAUGAGCCCUGCUACAUCCUGUACCGACUCGACUCCCAGAACGCACAGGGCUACGAGUGGCUCUUCAUUUCCUGGUCACCUGACCACUCACCGGUGAGGCAGAAGAUGCUGUACGCAGCCACCAGAGCAACCGUGAAAAAGGAGUUUGGAGGGGGACAUGUCAAGGAUGAGAUCUUCGGGACGCUCCAGGAAGACGUCUCGUUCCUGGGGUACCAGCGGCACGUCUCCUCCUGCUCUGCCCCUGCUCCCCUCACCACUGCCGAGCAGGAGCUGCAGCAAAUCAAAAUCAACGAGGACAGGGUGGUGCAGGAUUCGAAGCGCAGAGUGGUGAAGACAGAGAUCAGCGUGGAGAGUAAACACCAGACUCUGCAGGGCCUGGCCUUCCCCCUCCAGGAGGAAGCUCAGCGAGCCAUCCUGCUUCUCAAGCAGAGGAACAUCAACUACAUCCAGCUGAAGCUGGAUAUCGAGCGUGAGACAGUGGAGCUGGUGCACACCAAGGCCACGGAGCUGGGGGAGCUGCCACGCCGCAUCCCCACUGACACGCCCAGAUACCACUUCUUCCUGUACAAGCACAGCCAUGAGGGAGACUACCUGGAGUCUGUGGUGUUUAUCUACUCCAUGCCCGGGUACAAGUGCAGUAUUAAGGAGCGGAUGCUGUACUCCAGCUGCAAGAGCCGGCUGCUGGACGAGGUGGAGCAGGACUUCCAGCUGGAGAUCGCCAAAAAGAUGGAGAUUGAUAACGGGGACGAGCUGUCUGCAGACUUGCUGUACGAGGAGGUGCACCCCAAGCAGCAGGCCUUCAAGCAGGCCUUCGCCAAGCCCAAGGGGCCAGCCGGCAAGAGGGGCAUGAAGAGAAUCAUCAAGGGGGCGGGCGAGAAUGGAGAGGACCGCUAGAGGAGAGGCUGUCAGGCUCCAGGAGCUGGACUCUACACCCGUACCGUCCUGACAAAGAUGACACUGUCCCCAGAGGCCUCUCCUUCUCCUCUUCCACCCUCCUCCAGGGACUGGGCAAUGGUCAUCCAUUGUCGCCUCUUGUCAUUUCUUACCGACAUCAACUUUCUUUGAUCGAUCUUUUUUUUUUUCUUUUUUUUUGCUGUAUCUGACCCAGUUGUGAAGAGUGCUGGGUUGGGUUAGGGGUUAGGGGGUUGGGGUUGGGGUUUCUUUGCUGAGUUGUACCGUGGGUUUCCAUGAACUGAUAGAAGUUUUAUACGUUUUUACAUUUCACACCGUCACAUGCACAAUGUGUUUUGUAUAAAAAGAUCAUUUAAAUACUACAAACACACACACACACACACACACACACACACACAACGAAGAACCAUCGCACUCAUCAGUAGCUGAGAUACCUGGUAGAUGUUUCCAACGCUUCAGAAUGAAGUCAGGUUCUUUUAAAAGUACACUGUUAAUGUUGGAGUAGUUUAAAAAGGUUUUUUUUUUUUUUUAGUAAAUGGUAAUCAUGUUUUGGUAUCCUUGUGAGGACUUGAGUCAGUAAAGAAUAAGUUUAAUUAUUCAUACAUGAAUAGAUCUUUAAACACGUGUGUGUGUGUGUGUGUGUGUGUGUGUGUGUGUGUGUAUAGCAACUUGUACAUUCACACCCCCCAGUGUGUGUGUGUGUCUGAUGCCAUGCACACACACGCAGUCUGUGUCUCCUGCCCCUCAGGUCUGUCCACUAAGCGGGGGGCCUUCAUGUUAUCCAAACCCCUCCCUCAUUCAUUACGGGUUUGCUUGACAAAAUCGCCACUAGCUGAGUUACUAACAAAUCUGUUGUAAUAACUUUCUACAUCCAUGUGUUGGCUGUUUCAUUUUGUUUUUCUUGCUGUUUAACAAAUAAACUGUAAAAGUAAAGAUUUAUAACA